CAUAGGAGCAGAUGAAUAGAAAUAUGAACAGAGGCCGCAAGAAAGUCUAGGCAGUGGCCGGACCCCGUGCCCUGACAGACCAUUCGUGCACAGUUCAGGAUCACCAUCUGGGGUGGCAAAAGUCACAGAGCCAGACGCACUCUCGAAUCCGGCCUCGUGGAGCGUAUUCACGUCAAAAACGCGACAUUCGCAGAUGUGGGAGGCCGGAAAGAACUGCCAGAUCGAUGGCUGGCUGGUAAGGGAGCGUAGAAUUGAGAGGACUGUCGAUACACAGCUCUGCAACAGCGAGGAAAGCGUCCGUGAUCUGACGAGAGGAAGAUCACGAGUGGAGAGCCCGGCGGCCUGCCAGAUUGGGCGACCAGGAUGAGUCCUCAAAGCUGUCUCGAGGUCGUUCCAUAAGAUCCUGAGGAGACACAGGACCAGGUUAGGAUUUGAUUGGAGCGGGAAUCGAGAUCUGUUUAUGACUGUGUCGACUGAGUACAGCCGUAAGCCUGCGGCUCGUCAAAACAGAGCAGCCAAGCAUGCAGGUGGGUGCGCUGAUAGAAACUGCACUUGUUACACGCGCAAUCCUGGCCUGGCUGUGCGUCGAUCGGUGCCCGAGAGGCGGCUCAGUAGUGCGGAAGUUGAAACGCCCUCAGGUGACUGCACUAUCCAAGUGCUGCGGCGGAGGCGGCAGCUGGGGUACGGUUGGCUUGUGCAGGAUGGGGUUCGCAUGAGGAGUACGCACGCGAGAGACUGGUAACAGACACGUCAAGCAGAUAUCUGUAGCAUGCAAGCCAGCGACCUAGCGCGGCGGAGACAAUCGCAGGGUCGAGCAUCGCCUGCAGAGUUGCUUUCGGGGUCUGGUUCGACGGCGUCCUGGGAUAACCCAUCAUUCAGCCAGGACAGUCCACCUGGGUGGAAACUGCGUGGGCCAACACGCAGACGCGCAAACGCGCACUACAGCUAUUUGAUGACAGUCGCCCGAUGUCCACCAACGAUAAUCGCACCCAGCCCCUCGCUCUACUUGCUCGGCCACACCCGCUUCGGGGCC